AAAAUCAGCUAUUGCUUUGCCAUCCAACGCGAUAUUUUGGUCAUGUAUCGCUAGAGCUUGGGAAUCAGUGACUCCAGGCUGCAUCCGCAACUGCUUUGCUGAGGUUCCCAUCUUGACCUUCGAACAAAGGAGUCAUUUGCAUUGACUUGGAAUUGAGUCAAAAGCAGAUCAUAUCUUCAAACUUCAAGACAAGCUUGUUAAUCAAUAUGGUGGAGACAAAGAGGAGGUCACCAAACAAAAGGACAUUAAUGUGCUUAACUAUCUUAUCAUGAACUAUUGUGAAGGACCUUCUGAGCUAAAUAGUGAUGUUGUCCACAAGAUAAUGGCUCUCGAAAAGUACAGACACCGCUUCAUUCCCCACGUGGAAGAUGAUAUCAUUUACGAAGGCGAUGAGGUAGAGAAAGACGAUGAGGAUGAUGUCGACUAUAAUCUCAGUCUUUCUGACUCGAGUUCCCAAGACUCCGCGCACUCUGAAAAAUGUAUCGAGGAUGUGCUUGAAUCCCCUCCUUCAAGUCCAACCAUACAUGAUUAUCAAGAGAUAAAUGAAGAGGAAUCGAUGGAAAACUAUUUAGAGUUUAUGAAUGCUCGACAUGAAAUCGAUAACCCUCAUCUGAUGGAGCGCUGGGUCGCUGUGCAAAGGCAGUUGGAGCUAUUUAAUGAAUAUCGUCAUUUAUUGAGAGAGAAUCAGCAGAUGAAUGAAGGAAUGAAGGAAUUGAAUCAGAAUAAUGAAUAAACCGUAUAUGCAUACACCACUCAUACUUUGGUUUAAUAAAGCUCCCGUCUUCUUCUACGUCAUAGUGAUGCGUUGUGACAUUAGCUUGUCUCAUUUGAAUAGCUAAGGACUUUUUUGUUCAUGCAGGUCAUUGAA